AUGUUAUUUAUCAGAUUUUGUCACGACAUUCGGGCGGAAAAAAAUGAAAUCCUCAACAACAAGCUUUUUCAAGUGUUUGAAGCUUUAACAGUCGAUAAUCCAAUGAAAGGCCAUGAGACACCUGUUUAUGUUUAUGUGACAUUUUUAGUAGUAUCAGCAUCAAUUCAAUACAAAAGAAAGAGAAUAAGAAGCGAGAGGGACAUUGAAGGGUUUGAAGAUUAA